GAUUUUUGAGGACCAUGCUGCUAUGAGAUUGAUUAAACAACUUGUUGUCAAUUGCUGUAAUGAAGGAUGUAGUUGGCAGGGAUGUCUCAGUUCUCUGCUGCAGGUACAGCCUUUCUUGUUUUGGCUUUUAUUAAUUGUUUCUCAUUCUUGUACAUAAUGAGUUAAUAUAUAUACAUUAAGCCACUUCAUACUUAUAAGUCAAAACUUAAUAUGCAGGCUUUAAAAUACAUAAGGCAAUUAUUUCAAAUGUAGGGUCAUCAGAAUAAUUGCAACUUUUCGAUACGCCGUGGCGAUGAUCUUGAUAAAAAAGUGGAACAAUUGGUGCAAACACUAGAAACCCAACUCAUGCUGAAAAUAUCAACUUUGGAAAUAAAGGUGACCAUUUGUGAUCAUGCACAUAAUAUUAUAUAUUUUGCAGUUGUGAUUUAGUGACUUUCCUUAACAUUUGUUUCAUUGCUUGUAAUUUAUAUAAUUAUUAAUUCAUAUAGCAUCAACAAGAUAUUAAAGAACUUAAAUUGAAGGUAUAAAAAUAAGUUUCCACGUGUUGCAAUACAGGACUGCCAACCCUGGAAGUUUUCAAAUCUGGAGAAUUGAUAUUCCAUUGAAAUCGAUGACGUCACGUCGGAAAUGACGUCAUUAUCGAAAAGCCAACUAUGCAGUUGUAUAUACCUGCUAGUAUAUAGAUAUAUACACUGGUUUAUUGUCAAACUUCAUUAUCAACACAAAUAACUGUUGAUUUCAAGUUUCACAUAUUAUGUACUAUUUUAAUAAAAUAUCGACAUCUUUAAUGGCGUCAAUACGGGUAAAAAACCCCUGUAAGAUGAAGUGUUUACGGAAAAUGGCGCCAUUCAACCGCUGAUUAAAAGCAACGCAGGCAGCAACGAAAGAAUUUUAUUUUUCCAACAAAACGAAGUUUUAAUGUUCAACGCAAAUAAUUUUUAUUGUUAAAACCUUUGACAACGAAGAAUCAAAUGGCUAGUGCAUAAAUCGACGUUGGUGAUUAUCGUAAUCCGGGAGAAUUAAGAUAAAAUCUGGAGACUAGGUCCAAAAUCUUGAAACUCCCGGAUAAUCCGGGAGAGUUGGCAGCCCUGGCAAUAUGACAUAUAAAAAAAUACAUGAUAUCUGCUAUGUCUUUUGAUUGUUACAGUCAAUUUCACGAAACUUUGACCACAAAUUUUCCGAACUUCGUUGCGAAGUUCACAAGAUUGUUGCGAAAUUCAAAAGUUCAUAAUGAGAUUCACAAACCAGUUCGUAAACUACGCAUUUGAUUGGUUUCUUUUCACGGACCAAUCAGGGACUUUGUUUACAAAUUGGCUUGUGAAUUCCAAUAUGAGCUUCCGAACUUCGCAACGAACUUGCGAACUUCGCAACGAAGUUCGGAACAUUUGUGGUCAAAGUUUCGUGAAAUCGACUGUAAAGACAUAUUAGACACUAAAUGCAAUGGGUUGUCGUAAUAUUAAUGAAAUAUGUUUUUAAAAUACAUACAUACAUACAUACAUACAGUACAUACAUAAUCGUACAUACAUACAUACGUAUGUACAGUACGUACAUACAUACUUCGCUCGAAACGUCGAGUUUCUAUUCUGCUUAUUUUUUAAGGUAGUAAUAUAACCACUCAGCACAGCAUUUUUACAUUGGUACUACCUACACUGGUACAGACAGUUUUAGUAUAUAUAUUACAUACAUAAUACUUUAUUUUGACACACUAGCCUCAUCAACAUCAGCUGUUUUUCAUGAGGGGCGUGUUAACUAACUAAUUACACAAAUAAUAUGUACAAAUUAAAGUUACAUGAAGCAUGCAUACAAAGACUAACAGGUAUAUAGACAAAAAUAUAUAAACGAAACAAAUAAAUACUAUUGAGGACAAUUAAGUCGGCUUCAUCUCGCUGUCAGGGUUUUUUAAUUGCACUGUACUCUGUAGCUGACAAUUUGUCGAUCAGAUACACAAAUUUUACAUUUUUUUCUUUUAUUUCUAUAAUUUAUAUCAAUAUAAUUAUAUAUACUAGCAUGAACAAGACAUCAAAGAACUUAAAUUGAAGGUAAUUUCCACAUAUGAAGAAGACAUCAAAGAACUUGAAUUGAAGGUAAUUUCCACAUAUGAAGAAGACAUCAAAGAACUUAAAUUGAAGGUAAUUUCAAUGUCGAAUAAUAAGUUGUAACACAUUAUUUUUCUAUUUUAAGAAAGCUAUUCUAAAAUUAAUUUGUAAAAUAAUUAAGAAUCACUCACAGUAUAUACCAAACUCACUGUCGGUUUUAGCAAAUAGACGCGAGUGUAAUUAUUCUCUGCCAGCCAAUCAUCAACUGUCUGCACCUCGCUUCAAUACAAGAACUAUGAAGAAAUCAGUAGCAUACAGUUUGAGGCGCAAUACACCCUUUCGAUAAUUACGUCACAACAACACUGUUUUCAACUUAGGACCACCUAAAAUGGAAGGAUUUCAAGGGUUUUUUUUUCUCAUGGGCUAUGCAGUAUGCACAGAGAAGCAGAACUUCUUCAAAACAUGCAUGAAAAAGAAUUCUUUAUUUUGACCAAUAAAUGUGGAAAUAAGCUUUAACACGAAAACGAGGCUCACGUCAUGACCUGAAGCUUCGUUCUCGUGUUAAUGCUUAUUUCCAUAUUUAUAAUGAUCAAAAUCCAAAAUUUUUUUCGCGCAUGCGUUGAAGAACGAUGUUCUGCUUCUCUGAGCAUAGCCCAUGAGAAAAAAACUUGAAAUUCUUUCCAUUUAAAAUAAGGUGGAUGGUCCUAAGUUGAAAACAGUGUAGUUGUGACGUAAUUAUCGGAAGGGUGUAUUCUGUGGAAUGCUAUCAAUCGUGAUCAGUGAUCACUCUAACUUAGUCCUUGACGACCACAGUGUAAACGUCUUCGUAAAUAAGGCGACAAGAACGAACACAUUUAUAAACUUCACUUUUUAGAAUAUUAGAUUUAUAGUAACUUUAAUUUAAUAUACUAAAAUAAUGUAGUGUAUGUCGAGGUGUAUGUUAAUGUUAGACAGUUUAAGCUUCGCGUUAUCACAUCAAACGGCAAACGCCAGGCAAAGAAAGAUUUUACGGUAUAUCAGACAAUAAAGAGUAAAUGAACUUGCUGUCUUAAAACUGAAAUACAUAAUUAUUCUUUCGACGCAAGAAAGAAAAUAUGAAAGGAAAACGUUCAACGAAAAUUUUUGCCAAGAAAGUUCGAACCUGCCGUUUGCUGUUCCCGGAAACGUGAAGCUUAAACUCCCUGUUAUGUAAGUGCACGACCCCAAGUUAUUGUUAUUAUAUGGUACAUUAUUAAUGACGAAUUAAUUCACCUCAUUUUAAGUAGUGAUUUAUUCGUAUGAGAUGUGAUUUCAAAACCUCCAAUGCGGACUAGACUAUAGAUUUCAAGUCCUCGCAUUUUGAUCCUGAGUCCGAGGUGAUCAAAUUGCGUGGAUUUGAAAUCUUGUCCAGAUCUCAUAAUCAGAAUUGAAAUAAUACAUUAACCCAUUGAGUGGCAGCGCUCUCCCCCUGACGAGUAAAAUCGUCUGGCGUUAGACAGAGUAAAAUAAUAAAGAAUGGCGCAUCUGGGCGCAUUGCCACUUAAAGGUUAAUUAUAUCCAGUCAAUUUCUCUUGUUUUACACCUAGUAUACUGGAGUUUAUUCAUCCAAAUAUUCCUAUUACAGUGCGUCUACAGUAAGUGGGGCCACUUAGAGAACACUAACCAAUCACAUUGCAGAACAGAAAUUGAAAAAAUCAACAAACGGCGCAUUAGGCAAUCAGCUAAUAUUAGGCCAAAAACAAUUUGAACAAAUAAACGAAUGUCAAACCGUAAAAAUAGACUUGUAAAAGUAAACACUGCAGUUAAUGGCUUGCUGAAUCUUUCUUUUGAUUGGACGAGCUUUAGUUUGAUUAGAUUUUUCUUUUUGUUCUGCAAUGCGAUUGGUUAGUGUUCUUUAAGUGGCCCCACUUACAGUAGACGCACUCAUAAAUCAUUUCCUCACACUGAUAAUUGCAGGCUAAUAGUAACCACCAUUAUUAUAUGGCAAGCAUCAGGUGAAAUGGCGGACUGUGAUUGGUUGAGAAGCACUUUCAGCGGUCCAUUAUUUCCCCAUAAUAGACCGGCGGUCAUUAUGUAGAAACAAACGCAUGCAUUUUAAAACAAAACAGCAAAACUAAUUGAAAAUUUGAAAAUUAUUAUUUAAUUCGUCAUUAAUAAGAUAUCUGCGAAUGGUUUUUAGUGGAAAAGAAGGAAUACGUUGCCACGUUGGUAUUUUUUGUUUUCUAUUUAUCACUUAUUUACUGAGACCGAGGGAAGCAGUGUGUUUUGUGGACCCGAGACCGCCGUCGAGGGGCCACAAAACACACUGCUUUCCCGAGGUCUCAGUAAAUAAGUGUUUUGUUAUAUAGUAUAUAAGUGUCAAAGUAUAAUAAACUUAAUUUGAAACCAAUACUGGAUAUACGGAACGCCGUAAAUGUUUAAUAAAAGUUUAAAAAAUGAACUUUGGAACUUCGUGGUUGACACGCAUGCGUAUUGCGCCCAUUUUAUUAUUGACCGGUCAAUAAAUGUUUGAUUGCGAACCGGUUGCCGAACAUGACGUUUUGUGGACCGACACGUGACACGGGUUUGACCAAUCGGCAAACAGAAAAAUUGAACUUUGACACUAACGAUAUAACAAGACAAAAUGUGUAACACGCUACUAGAUUAAUAUGCAUUUCAAAUCGUGCACUUCUUGUUUGUUUCAAGUAUAAAUGCCUAUAAAUGCCAUAUAAUAAACUUUUUAUUAACCUUGCUUGCUCGGUAUGUACAGAGAGAGAAAUAUCGGGUACCCAGGGUCUUAUCUACAAACCUCGCCCUACGGGCUCGGUCUGUACAAAAAAGACCUCGGUCCGAUAUUUCUCUUUACAGCGUUCGGUUAAUAAGAAGUUAUUCAUGGUGCACAAUAAUUAUCACUUAUUUACUGAGACCGAGGGAAACAGUGUGUUUUGUGACCCGAGACCGUCGAUGUUUCCCGAGGCGAAGCCGAGGGAAACAUCGACGGUCGAGGGUCCACAAAACACACUGCUUUCCCGAGGUCUCAGUAAAUAAGUGUUUUAUUAUAUAUCAAUAGUCAAAGAAACAACAAAUUAAAGAACAAAUGAACGUAAAUACAUGAAAUAUUUUAUUGUUAAAACGUUAUAUUAAACACUGGCUACACUGCAGUUACUUAAAGCGAAAGCUCUAUGGCGAAAGUUUUAAUUACGUACUAGGCAUGUCCAAAGGUCGCAUCUUCACGUGAUGGCGCACGUGAUUUUUUUUAUUAUUCGCCGGUCGAUAACGUAUUAUCUCCCUCUCGCGCUGUUGUGAGGGAGACAGCCUAAUUUCGUCACUCUCACGUAAUAUGCUCUCAACCAAUAAAACACUAGAAAAAUGCGACUUUGACUAUUGAUAUAUAAUUAUCCUAAUUAUAGUGAUUAAACCACCCUUUAUUAAUAGCGUAUGCUUAUUAAUUGUUUCGACAAUGAUAACUACUGUAUAUAUAUAAUCUAUAGAUGUUUCUUAAUUGUCUGUUUGUAUACAGCUUCAACAAAGUGAAAAUCGUUUGCAGCUACUAGAGGAGAAAGAAAAAGAAUUGUGCGAGAAAGAAAAGCAGGCUGCUGUAUGUUGUACUUCAAUUUUUUGCAAUGUUAUUUUCUGUUAUGAUGAACAGGAGCUUACGGCAGAAAGAUUUAUCUUAUGUUAUGAAACACGUGCUCAGAGCUAAUGCGG